AUGGUACUGUCUUUCCUGCUGCUUAUGGCUGCGGCUGCAGCCGAAGGUGCACCAGCUGCAGGAACCAACCAGUCAUCCGAAGCUCACAUCUUCACACCUCAUGGCAUUGCUCUCGGCGCGGAAGCCCAAGUAAAAACUCAAGCCUUUGCCCCUUUCACCCUCACACCGGAUAUCCCGAUAGCCACCCUCGACUAUGGAGCCGAGCGAGCGGGAUUUCCGGUGUUUGAGGUCUCCGCUCUCGACGGCCCCACCCAGGUCGAGGUGAAGUACACCGAGCAUUUCGACGGGCUGAACCAUCCUUUCGGUGAUGGGCCGUACAGCUUCUCGAACCAACUGGGAAACAGCUUCCGCGUCGAAACGUUCAACAUCACAGCCAAGGGAAAGACUGUCUCUCCUCUUCUUCAAGGUGGACAGAAAUGGCAAUCCGUCAGGCUGUUGACCAACACCACGGUCACGUUCUCGAAUGUGGGAUUCGAAGCGACGAUCCCAAUCGUUGAGCCCGAGGACCUUCCGGGCCAGUUUUCCAGCGACGAUGAGGCUUUGAAUGAGAUUUGGAAGCUGGGCGCCAGGGCUGCGACGGCUGCAUGUGUUGAUAAGGGAAGUCAACCGGCUAUUUGGACGGUUGAUGAGGAGAAUGGUGUGCUGGCACAGAGCACGAGACCCUCAAUGACGUGGAAGGCGACUGCGUGGACGAACUACACAGUGGAGUUCGAUACCAAAAUCAAGAAGGGAGGUAGUUGGUGGGUUACGGGUGGAGCGAUCGCGGGCAACGGAUACACCAUCCUUCUCACCGGCGAACUCCCCGAGUCCAACCGAUUUGCCAAUGUCAAUGAGACUCUUACACCUCCGAACACCAUUUCGCUCUCAUACGGCCCGGACCUCGUGAACCAGACGACCCUGACAUCUUACCUCUUGGACGUCUUCAAGGUUCCUUUCACCGUGAAGGAGGAUACUUGGUACCACAUCUCGACAUCCAUGUCGCAGAGUGGUCACCUGGCGGUCUCGAUCAACGACACGCAAGUCUUGAAUAUCUCACGCUCCGACUACCCCUGGGCUCUGAUCUCAUCAGGCGCCUCGUACUCCGGGACUCCCGACUUCACCGGCUCUUUCGGAUUCGGUGCUUACCAAGACCACGCGGCCUACUUCAAGAACGCGCACGCAUACGAUACGGCCAACGGCUCAACCCUCUACUCGAACAAUCUCACCAACGCAAGACGUGCUGGUCGACGCGACAGACUCGUCUGGCUCGGCGACUUCUACCACACGGCCCGCAUCUCGGCCAUCAGCACAUCACGAACAGACCAGUCUCGGGGAACGCUGCAGGUGCUGCUCGAUACUCAGAUCGCCAACGGCCAAAUGAGCAUCUCACCCAACCUGGGCUACGACCUCAAGUCCAUCGCGAACGCCCUGGCGCCAUCUGGAAGCUAUGGGCUGCAGGACUAUCAGCUCCUCGGCCUCAUGGCCUUCAACGACCACGUCCGCCUCACCAACGACCUCGACUGGGCGCGGUCGACCUGGCCGCAGUGGCAGAAGGUGAUCGACUGGCUUCUCCCGCAAAUCAACACGACAACGGGUCUACUCACCUUUGACGGCGGCUUCGCCUUCACCGGCCCCGCGGACGGGGGCUCGGCCAUCUCCUGCGAAGCAGUGCAAAGCCUGAACGGAGCCGCCGACGUGGCUGCCAUGCUGAACGACACGGUCUCCGCGACCAAGUACCGCACAGCCGCGUCCUCGCUCGCCGACGCGAUCAACGAGAAGCUGUGGAACGACGACAUCGGGGCGUACGGAUACUCGCUCGCCUCCCUGAACGACACCUCCGUCGCGGGCACAGCAUUCUGCAUCACCUCCGGCGUCGCCUCCGCAAACCGCACCGCGCGCUCCAUCGAGGCGCUGUCGCUGCUGAAGCUCGGCCCCGGGUACAAGGACACCUCGCUCGUCUCCUCCAACGACAGCAGCAUCAACAUCUUUCCGAACACCAACGGCUUCCUCCUGCACGCGCUCUUCAUGGGCAACGCCACGGCCACGGGGAAGGCGCUCAUCGAGAGCCUCUGGGGCGCGAUGCUGCCCGGCACCGAGGCCGCGAACAAGAGCGCGGUCGGCACGAGCUGGGAGUACGUCAACGCCGCGACGCUGCAGCCCGGCCUAGGGCUGUUCACGAGCCUGAGCCAUCCGUGGGGAGGCGCGGCGACGUAUGUGCUGACGGAGUGGGCGGCGGGCGUGCAGCCUGCUGCGGGGACGGACGGGUUCGGGUACAGGAACUGGGUGGUUGCGCCGGCGGCCGGUAUUGAGAUGGGGUUGAAGACGGCGAGGGCGAAGGUAGUGACUGCGUUUGAUGGGGACUUGAGCGCGGAGUGGAAGGUUGAGGGGAGCGAUCUCUACGUGACGAUUCGGGCGCCGACGACGACGAAGGGCAGGUUUGUGUAUGGGGGGAAGAGCAUUGAGUUGUAUGGGCGGUCGGUUUACGAGUUCCAUGUCGAUGCGGCGCUUGAAGCAGGCAUAGUCUAG